CGAACAUCGACGACGUUGAACCUUGAAAUCGAGACAUUCCUUUCCAGCUUUCCCCCAACGCCCACCACAGCCCUAGUCCCGGCCGUCUCAAAAGCAAAGCCAUAAAAUGGCCAUCUCACAAGAAGGCUUCCAGUCCUCCGGGCGCACUCCCCUGCGAGUUUACAACAAACAACCCACCUACAACACAUAUAUUUCACCUUAUGGACCCAAGACCAAGCACAUCCCUAACCUAAUGGGCCUGAGCUUCCCCAAGCUCCUGCGUUACGGUACAAUCGCCUCCGGAUUCGGUGUCGCCGCAGGUACUUUUGCCCUCUUCUUCUUCGGCGAGGUCCCCAAGGUUCGAAACGAUAUUCUUUCCAAGGUCCCGGUGAUUGGUGAAUACUGGGUGCGAGAGGUCCCUCCGGAGGACAAUCCUUUCUAAGCACCAGCCAAGGAGGAACAAACGAAGGUGGGACAGAAAGAGUCGUUGUCUUCGUGGUGAUGGUGUUGGAGAGAAGAGCGGGGCGCAAAUUGUAUAUAUCAAUCAUGGCGUGAACUUGGGAGACAAAGAGUUGCGAAUUGAAGAUAUGAAAAGAGAAAAAAGACCAAUCAAUGCUUUGCUUGGGUGACAUAACGUCAGGUAGUCCGUCGGUCGUACGAGUAGAAGCACUGCCCAAACAAAAACAAUAGAACAAACCAAAGUUUCAGGAAUCAAGAAUACAGCAUCAACACCAAGCCAUGCUAAAGAGAUCUUCGCUGUCAGUAGGUAUGACCUGGCAUACUCCGUACGAAUAUUAGAAACGUUUCGUG